CCUCCGUUCCCAUUCAUCACCAUCAUCACCUCCUCCGAUCCAUCACUCGCCCGGACUUCCAUCGCUUCGCCCGCAUCUAAUUAAUGGGCGGCGGCGGGUCCGGCGAUGAUGUGGCCAGGCCGGUGGCGGCGAUGGUGCUGGUGCAGGUCGUCUUCGCCGGCGUCAACAUCUUCUACAAGCUCGCCGUGUCCAAUGGCAUGGACAUGAGGGUGCUCGUCGCCUACCGCUACCUCUUCGCCUCCGCCUUCCUAGCGCCGCUCGCAUAUUUCAUCGAGAGGAGGAACCGAACCAAGUUGACGUGGAGAGUGGUGGUGCUGUCUUUCAUCUGCGGCCUCACCGGAGGCUCGCUGGCGCAGAACCUGUACAUCUCCGGCAUGAAGCUCACCUCCGCCACCUUCGCCUCCGCCACCACCAACCUCAUCCCGGCCUUCACCUUCCUCCUCGCCCUCAUCUUCCGCUACGAGCGCCUCGCCAUCCGCAGCUGCUCCGGCCAGGCCAAGCUCGCCGGCACCUUCCUCGGCGUCGCCGGGGCCAUGCUGCUCACCUUCUACAAGGGCGCCGACAUCACGCCCUGGCACAGCCGCCGAGGCCCCCAGCAUGCUGGGGCUGGGCUGCACCCGGCCGCCGCCGAGGCCGAGGCCACCAACCGCGUCAUGGGCUCGCUGCUCUGCAUCAGCAGCUGCUUCUUCUACGCGCUCUGGCUCAUCCUCCAGGCCAAGCUCAGCAAAGAGUACCCCUUCCACUACUCCAGCACAGCCAUCAUGUGCGUCAUGAGCACCCUGCAGUCCGUCGCCUUCGCGCUCUGCUACGACAGGGACGUCGCGCAGUGGCGCCUCCGCUUCGACGUCAGGCUCCUCUCCGUCGUCUACUCGGGCGUCCUCGCCUCGGGCGUCAUGCUGGUGGUGCUCUCCUGGUGCGUGAAGCGGCGCGGCCCUCUCUUCGCCUCCGUCUUCAACCCGCUGAUGCUGCUGGUGGUGGCCGUGCUCAGCUCGCUGCUCCUCGGCGAGAAGCUGCACCUCGGCAGCGCGCUCGGCGCGGUGCUCAUCGUCAUGGGGCUCUACGCCGUGCUCUGGGGCAAGGGACGCGAGACCAAGGACGCCGAGGUGGCCAAGGUCGGCGAGCUGCCCACCACCUGCAUAACCCAUCCAGACCAUCAGCAGUCGGAGGAGGACAGGUGGAAGCAGCAGGACCACCAGCAGCAGCAGCGAUCGACGAGGAGAUGAACUGUGUUGCCUUAAUAUAUAAUUAGGUAGUAUCGUUACGUUAA